AAAACUUACUGUCAAAAUCUGUUUUUGUUGUGGUAUUUGCUAACCUCAAAGGCUAACCUGCUGAUUUUAACCUACCAAAAAACAUUGUGUAUUAAUAACUCUUAAAACUUAUCCAAUUUAGAAGUUUCUCAUUGUAAACAGUUCACAAUCAAGAUCCAAAAUGGAAGGAAUAUUAGAAAAAUGCCAUUUUGUGCCCAUGAGUACCAUGAAAAAGGUGAUAGACUUCAUAGAGGCUCCAAUGAAUUUUGACCCAAUCAAGAUAUAUUGUAAACGAAAUUUACUGAAGCUACAGGAAAGUAGAAAUAAUGCCAAGUAUCAGGACAAGGAUCUGAAAACAUUUAAAUCUGUGCAUCGGAUCGCUUGCUGUAAGGCUAUAUACUCUCAUAAUUGGAACAAACUUUUAUACUUACUGAAGAAAUGCCCUCCCUGGGAACAUAAUUGGAAAGAUGUCAAUGAAGCUGCUUUAUAUACCAGGGCUCUAGUAAUCCUCAUCAUGUACCACCCCAGUUCACAAGCACUGGGACUGUUAAACCAAUACCUCCACCUGGUCUGGUCAUGUCGCUCCGAUGAAGUGAAGAAAGCUGUUCUCAAGAUACUACUGACUUUACCUGAGAAGAUACAUGGUGUCACCAAUAGUAGAUAUAAGGAUACUGACAAAUGUUAACUAAAAUUUAAAUAAAAGUAACUAAAAAUCAUGGUUUACUCACUUACAUUAACCCGUGGUAUGCC